GUGAUUCUGCGCACCCACUCUUAAAGAUAGCGACGCAAGGCAUUGUGGUACUUCCUUUCUCUCCGAGGCCAUAUUGGAGUUAGCUCACAGUUUGGCCGAAAAGGACUAAACCGCAAAAAUGGUGGCAGCAAAGAAGACGAAAAAGUCCUUGGAGUCCAUCAACUCCCGUCUCCAGCUGGUGAUGAAAAGUGGGAAAUACGUGCUGGGCUACAAACAGUCCCAAAAGAUGAUCCGUCAGGGAAAAGCCAAGCUGGUCAUCCUGGCCAACAACUGCCCUGCCCUCAGGAAAUCAGAGAUUGAGUACUACGCCAUGCUGGCCAAGACCGGUGUCCACCACUACAGUGGAAACAACAUUGAGCUUGGCACCGCUUGUGGUAAAUACUACAGGGUGUGCACACUGGCCAUCAUUGAUCCUGGCGAUUCUGACAUCAUCAGGAGUAUGCCCGACCAGCAGCCACAGGCUCAGUAGAACUGGUACCCUGACCCUGUUGUUAUAUAAAUAAAGAGUUAACAGUUCA